UAAAUAUAUUGAUUGACAAUCUUUGUAAGGAAGGACUGGUUUCCAAAGCUCAAGCAAUAAUGAAAAUAAUGAUCCAAAAAGGCGUGAAGCCUGAUGUUGUCACCUACAAUUCAUUGAUGGACGGAUUUUGUCUGUGUAAUCAAAUGGAUGAAGCUACAAAAUUAUUUGAUCAAAUGGUAAGUGGUGGCAUAGCUAAUGUCUGUAGCUACAACAUCUUGAUUAAUGGAUACUGCAAGAGCAGAAAGAUAGAUGAAGCAACAAAACUUUUUGAUGAAAUGCUUAAAACUAGUGUAGUUCCCAACACUGUUACUUAUACUACUUUUAUAAAGGGAUUAUGGGAAGCUGGGCGACCUGGAAAUGCACUUGAGGUUUUCAAGAGCAUGUGUUCUUAUGGUCAACAACCAAAUGUAAUAACUUUCUCAACUAUUCUCAAUGGCUUGUGCAAACAGGGGAAUCUUGAUGAGGCACUCACACUAUUUAAAGCAAUGGAAAAAAGUCGGUUGAAGGUUAAUUGUGUGAGCUAUAACAUUUUGAUUAAUGGUAUGUGUAGAGCUGGGAGGCUUACUGAUGCCAAGGAAUUGUUUUCUAGGCUUUUUGAAAAAGGUUUACAACCUGAUGUUUAUACAUAUAGUAUAAUAAUAAAAGGACUUUGCAAUGAAGGUUUACUAGAUGAAGCAUACAAAGUCUUUAGAGGAAUGGAAGAGUGUGGAUGUUUACCGAAUGAUUGCUGUUAUAAUGUGAUUAUUCAAGGGUUUCUCAGGCAUAAAGAUAUACCAGAGGCAACACUACUUAUUGAUGAAAUGGUUGAUAAAGGAUUCUCUGCAGAUGCCACCACCUUUGAAUUAGUAAUACAUUUAUUGCGCAAUGACAAUCUCAUUCUGACAAAACUACGAAAUCGUCCCAAAUGUUCUAAAGGUGCAAAUAGAGGUUAUAUCCAAAGCAAGUGUUAG